AUGGCCUUCAACGCCGCCCGCCUUUCGCUCCUCGCCGCCGUCGCGCUCUCCGUGGUCUCCUCGGUUUCCGCGACGGAGUCGAUGAAGAUCCCGUCGAACAAGAACGAGACGAUGCGCAUCCAGGCGCAGCAGGAGAACCCGAAGGUCAACCAGGUCUCCAAGCGCACGAUGCUCGGCCGCCAGGACGCGGGCAAGGUUAACCUUGCCUACUACGUCAACUGGGCUAUCUACGAUGGUCUCGGCAACUUCAUGCCGACCGACAUCGUCACUGACGACCUUACGCACAUUCUCUACUCGUUCGCUGACAUCGACCCUGCCACCGGCCAUCUCUUUCUCUCUGACGAGUGGGCCGACGAGCAGAUCACCUUCGACGGUGAUGACACCUCCGAGGCGGGCAACAACCUGUACGGCUGCCUCAAGCAGAUGUACAAGUUCAAGCUCGCCAAGCGCUCGCUGAAGGUCCUCCUCUCCGUCGGUGGCUACACCUGGUCCCAGGACGGCCACUUCGGCUUCGUCACUAACGACGCCGCCCGCGCGCAAUUCGUCAAGGACGCCGUCCAGCUCAUUGAGGACUACGGCUUCGACGGCAUUGACCUCGACUUCGAGUUCCCGGCUUCUGCUGAGGAGGGCACCGGCUACGGCAAGCUCUUCGCCGAGCUCCGCACCGCCUUCGACGAUCUCCAGAAGCAGAAGGGCGACGCGCAGCCGUACCAGCUGUCCGUCGCUGUCAGCUCCGGCGAGAGCAACUACCAGUUCCUCGACGUCAAGACCAUGGACGCCGCGCUCAACUACUGGAACCUGAUGGCCUACGACUACUCUGGGGCUUGGCUCGACUUCGUCGCCAACCAGGCUAACGUCUACCCCGACGGCAUCAACAACGUCAGCACCCAGCAGGCGCUCGACUGGUACGCCGGCGCCGGCGCGACCACCGACAAGGUCGUCCUCGGCAUCCCCGUCUACGGCCGCGGCUUCGAGGACACCGACGGUCUCGGCUCCACCUACAACGGCGUCGGCACGGGCACCACCCAGGAGGGUGUCUGGUCGUACGAGAACCUGCCCUUCGACGGCGCGGAGGUCUUCGAGAACACCACGUCCAUCUCCUCGUACUCGUACGACAAGACCAAGCGCCAGUUCAUCUCGUACGACACGCCCGCGAUCGCCGGUGCCAAGGGCCAGUACACGGUCGACAAGGGCCUCGCGGGCACCAUGUUCUGGGAGCUCUCCACGGACAAGACCGGCCAGGACAGCCUCGUGACCGCCGCCGCUGCUAAGCUCGGCAGCCUCGACACGACGGAGAACCACAUUAACUUCCCGAACUCGAAGUGGGACAACAUCAAGAACAACCUUGGCCAGGCCACCGCGCGCCGCUCGCACAUGCGCCGCACCCGCUCCAACUCGCUCUAA